AUGACAGACCUAGAAAAUUGUUUUGACUUGUUUAAUGAUGAGGGAUGCACUUCACUAGAUUUACAUGUAAGCACAGAGCUUUACUUGUCUUGUGAUAAGGGCCGUCCAUAUAAAGACCACUUGAUCUACAAGGAAAGAGAGGAGAGUGUACGAACACUAAAACAUGGAGAUGCAGUUAUAUCUGGCCUCCACUAUCUACUCUACAACAAGGAGACCAAUUCCUUUUACCAUUUUGUAACUCCUGGAAAUGAGUUCUCUAGUCUCUCAUUAUCAAAUAAACAGUCAAUUGGAUAUCUAUUGGUUACAAAUGCAAACCAUUAUACAAUUAAAAAUAAGGUUUCAGCACGAUCACCAUUUACAAUUACCAUGGGAAAAGGUAAAACAAGAGAUAUGAGAGUAGGUGGUUUCAAUUGCCAGAAUGUAGUAACUGCUUGGGUAUCGAUAGACAAUAUAUCGACAUCUCCUCAAUCAGACUCGAUAUCCAAUGGUUUAUGUGUUGGUAUUGGAGCAACGGCUGCUACAACAGCAUUGGCAUUUCCACCAGCACUCUUAAUUGGAGGUGCUAUAAUUGUCGGUAUAAGUGUUUUUAGUGCCAUCAGAAGAAAUAAACAACAAAAGAAGCAUAUCAAAUCAUAA